CCUGCCGGUGCCGCGGGCGGGGGAACGCGACUCGGCCGGGCGGGGGCGGAGCGGGGCCCGCAGCCAGGCGGAGAUGGCGUCGCAGCCGCCGCCGCCCAAGCCCUGGGAGAACCGGCGGCUGGCGGGCACCGUGGCGCCCGCCUUCCAGUCUGCUGACUUGGGCGACAACCUGCUGACUAGGCCUGGACAACCCACAGUUGCACGAAUACCUCCACCUAUUUUGCCAAGACCAUCACAGCAAACAGGAAGCAGUAGUCUGAGCACUUUCAGGCCAGCGUAUAGUAGUUCUUUUUCUCCAGGCUAUGGCUCAUAUGGAACUUCUUUUUACGGAAGCUAUAAUCCUUACAGUUACGGAUAUGGUGGUUUGGGUUAUAACCGCUUUCGUACAGAUGAUAUUCCUCCCAGCAGGUUUGUUCAGCAGGCUGAAGAGAGCAGCAGAGGUGCAUUUCAGUCCAUUGAAAGUAUUGUGCAUGCAUUUGCCUCGGUCAGCAUGAUGAUGGAUGCUACCUUUUCAGCUGUGUACAACAGUUUCAGAGCUGUGCUGGAUGUAGCCAAUCACUUCUCCCGCCUCAAAGUACACUUCACAAAGGUGUUUUCAGCUCUUGCUAUAGUGAGAACUAUAAGAUAUCUCUAUCAGCGUCUACAGCGAUUACUAGGUCUACGGAAGAGCUCUGAGAAUGAGGAUUUGUGGGCUGAGAGUGAGGGGACGGUGGCUCGUGCUGGUGUUGAAGACAAGGCAGCCAGCUCUGCAAAAUCCUGGCCUAUUUUCUUGUUCUUUGCUGUUAUACUGGGAGGUCCCUAUCUGAUUUGGAAACUGCUUUCUACAUACAGUGACGAAGAAACAGUAUCUAGUAACUGGGCAAGUGGAGAAGAUGAUCAUGUAGUUGGAAGAGCAGAAUAUGACUUCAGUGCUCUUUCAGAAGAAGAAAUUUCUUUCCGUGCUGGUGAUAUGCUAAAAUUAGCACCCAAAGAACAACAACCCAAAAUCCGUGGUUGGCUUUUGGCUAGUUAUGAUGGUCAAACAACAGGACUUGUGCCAGCUAAUUACAUCAAAAUACUGGGAAAAAGAAGAGGUAGGAAAACAGUGGACCUGGAAAGGAUUGCGGGGCAACAGUCAGUCUUUACCAACACAUCUGUUAAAGGACCUACUGCUGCUGUGACUUUAGAGGAGCAGGAAGCUGCUUUUGAUUCUGUUUUUGCUGGAACUAAUAAAGUUCCUGUUGCAUCUGAUUCCACUGCGAUCAGUGGAGAGAAACAGGAACUCUAAUGCACUUUGAUCAGCUCAGUAACUGAACAAUGUUUUAUUGAUAAAACUUUGGGUAUGUUGAAAAUCUGUAUGGUAGUGGAACACUGAUGGGUCUGUACCAGUUACUGCUGCUACUGACUGGUAAAGGGAUGGAGAAAUGAUUUGCUCAAAUUCAGAAUAUUUAUUUUUGAUUCACCUAAGGCUGUACAUUAGUGACUCUACCCAAUCACCUGGCAGCAAUUAUAAGACCUUGAGCCAAGGAGUGCUGAGGCAUUUGUAAUAAAGCAAAUAAAAAAAGAAAGAUUGGCAGCCUGUUCUUAAGUGGACAGACUGUUAAUGAAAUCCGGAGAUUGAUGUCCAGUCUUCAUCAGAAUGUCAGCCUCUCUAAAAGAUAAGCAAAGGUAAAACAGAUUUUUGUAAGAAGUCCUCCAGAACUGAAGGUUGAGGACCCUAAAAUACUAAUUGUACAAUGUUUUCUCUCAGAAAGAGGAAGAAAUUUUGAGAGAUUUAGGUGACACAAUCAAAUCAUUAAAAGCUCUGAGUUGCUUGCUUUGGUAAGAAGUAGAGCUUCUGUUAUAAAGACCUUAGUUCUUUUUUAUAAAAAAGUGACUCUUUUCUUGUGAGAAAGAGAAGGCCGGGAGAAGAGUACAAAUUACAGAAGAAAAGCAGGGAAGCUUCAACAGUAAGUCUAACCAUCUUCUUUUCUUUAUUAAAAGAGCAUUAGAAUAAAGUGCAUCCUCUAGUCAAGCAUUUUUCAGGGCACUUAUUAAUUGUUACUCCCUUUUGUGACCAGUAAACUAACUGCAUCAUUCUAGCCAUGCAUUAUAGCCUGUUAGUUAACAGCCCACCGAUAGCCUAUCAACUACCAUCUGCAUGUCAUUUUUCUUCUAUUCUGUUUUCUUCCUGAAUGUCAAAAGAUCUAAGCUGCAUUUUAGUGCAGCAGGAAUGCAUUGGAAUGGUGGGGUUUAAUGCCAUUGAGGGGCAAAGAAAUAAAGUUUCUGGUUUAAUUGUCUCAGUUAGCUAAGUUCUUGGAGUUAACUCCUUAUGCUGCCUUUCAGGUGGUAAAUUUUGUAUCUGCCUAUAAAAUUUGACAGCUCUGGUGUAUCAAAAGCCAUAAAAGCAUCAAGACUGUUCAAAGUAUUUAGUGUUUUCUUCAUAUUGAUAUUUGAGAGUUCUGUAUCGGAAUACUGUUUUUAGUGAAGCAAAAAUAAUUAAAACUUUUUCCUUAUAGAAUGUGUAUAACAUGUUGAGCUUCUGAGGGUUAAAGCAAUGGAUAAAAUAACUAAAGCUUGUCUUAGUCAUUAAAAACAUCUUUUCUUUCUUAUUUUAAAGGUACACAAAAGUAUUAGUAGAAGUAGCAGAUAUGGAUUUGUGUAAUUGAUCUAGUAGUUUCAACUUGACUGUUUCUACAGAGAUCUUUAACACCCAUUAUGUAUUAGCAAAGCUUUCAGUAUUUCUACUUUAAUUGCAUUUGCCAGCCUUGAGUUCUUAGAAUUCUAUUCACCACAACAAAACUCUGACAAGAAAAAGAUUAAGAAAAAAACCUAAUUUUAUUGAAGUAGAGUGGCUGUAAAGAUGUAUAUUAUGUUGGAGCCUUGCAUUGUAAAGUAACCUCUGAAUUCCUGUUGUUGUUCAUAAUUAGAGCCAAGAAUUUAAGUGGCUGUGCUCAGGUCUUGGAAGAUAGUGCAGAGAAUCAUUCUUACUUGAUUGUUAGAUCCUCAAAUGCAGAUCAAAAGGGAAGAGUAGUUUGAAGGACAAAUGAGAAACUUAGAACUAGGCUUAAAACAGAACAAGUUCCUGUGACAUUUCUGCAUGCACCAAGGCAUUGAAGAAAAUUAUCUACAUUUGGAAAUUACUUCUGUUGUUGAAAUAAAAAGCAAACAAACUUGAAAUAUAAAAUACAUAGGAAAAAAACGGGUUUUUUGGUAUCAAAUGUACAGUUUCUGCUUAUGAUGUGUAUUCAUGGAGGGAAUCAGUUUACUGUUAUGAGACUUAACUAAUGGAGUACCAACCUCUCUUGUAUCAGUGAAAGAUUUCAAUUAGAGGAAGGGUCUUUUUUAAAAAUAAAACAAAACAUAAAAUCCAGACUUUCUGUAGAGUAUCUAUUGAAGUAGACAUUUUUUUUCCUGCUCAAAACAAGUUGGGAAGACAUUUCCUUGAUGUUUGUUAAAAUCUUCAGAUUUUGCUAACUUUUAGAAAGAAGAGGUUUAAUUUUCACUUUUGAGGUCAUAUUAUUUUGAAAACUUCUCUUGGUAGAAAAAUAGGUUAUUAAUAAUUUAACUGGCUUGCCUUUAUAGUACCUUGAUUUAGUCUAUCAGUUGCUAACUGGCAUAACUAUACCUGCUGAAUCUUGGGAAGAAUUUUGAUCCUUUCACUGUUGUGAUUACUUUAAUGGAAAAAGAAGGCUCUGAGGAAAGAGGUUAUUUAUUCAAUUCACAAUUAAUUGUAUUGAUUGCAUAAGGAUAUUAAAGUAAAAUACUGUGUUUUA